UUAGUCCGCGCGAUGCAGCAUAGGCGCGACGACGAUGGAGUCACCAGCGAGUGCAGCGGCACUCGUUUCGCAAGCUCACGUGCUUCUGACAUUGGCAGUGCUCGCUCUUUAUUUCUAUCUGAAAAUCGUGGUCUACGGUGUGUGGAAGAGGCGCGGGAUCGAGCACGACGAGCCGACGAUUCCACUGGGUAACUUGCCGAUUUCCUACUUCAUCGGGGACACGACGCUCGGCUCCGUUGUAAAAGCCAGCUACGAGAAGCACAAGAAGCAGCGAUUUUACGGCAUUUAUCUGCUCAACUUGCCCGUGCUCGUAAUUAACGAUCCCGAGCUCAUACAGCUCGUGCUGGUGAAAAAUUUCAACAAUUUUUACAAUCGCGGCACACUGUACAAUGAGAGCAAGGAUCCAUUGUCAACUGGAAUAGUCAGGCUGUACGACGAAAAGUGGAAAAGGCUCCGGGAAAAACUCUCGCCUCUAUUUACUUCCAAGAAGCUCAAGCUCAUGCUUCCGCUGGUUCAAGAGAUUUGCGAAGAAAUGAUCAAGGUCUUCGACGAUGCUCUGAUCGAGUCCAAUGUCUUGGAAAUCAAGGCACUGGUCACUAGAUUCACGAUAGAUUGCAUCUCCUCCAUCGCUUUUGGUUUCAACGCUGAUAGUCUACACGAGCCGGACAGUGAAUUUUUGAAAAAUGGUCAAAUCAGUAAUAGCUUUGGUCGAAUUUUUUUGCUCAUUAGUUUUUUUAAUACCGAAUUAGCACCCUUGUAUCCAUUACCAAAAGACAGGAAACAAGUGGAAACAUUUUUCGUUGAUCUCUAUGAAAAAAUGGUCAGCCAUCGCAAACAAAAUAACAUCAUGAGGCCUGAUUUUCUAAAUAUGAUAAUGCAGUUGGUGGAUUAUGGCACCAUCCAAGAAGACAACGAGUCAAAAAGUGCUCCGAGUGGCUAUGCACCGAAAAUAACGGUAGCCGAUAAAUUGACCGAUACCGAAGCAAUCGGUCAAAUAAUGAUAUUUUUCGCCGCUGGGCAAGAAACCACAUCUGCAGCUAUCACUAACUGUUUGUACGAAUUGGCUCUCAAUCAAGAAGUUCAAGAAACUUUGUAUCGAGAAAUAAGAGAAGUGAACGACAGUCCGGAAGGAUUAACCUACGAUAAGCUUUUUGAUAUGCCAUACUUGGAUAUGACGUUCCAAGAAACGUUGAGGAAACAUCCUGGUACACCUGUACUAAACAGACAAUGCAGUCAAGAUUUUCAAAUCCCUGGCUCAGAUUGUUGUAUAAAAAAAGGCUCAAAAUUAAUCAUACCAACCAUCGGCUUACACAUGGAUCCAGAUAUUUAUCCCGAGCCCGAGAUAUUUGACCCAACACGAUUUUCUAACGAAAACAAAGUGAAGAGAAAAAAUUGCACUCAUUUGCCUUUCGGAGAUGGUCCUAGACACUGCAUAGGUAAACGUCUUGGAACUUUAAAACCUAAAACUGCCAUAUACUACUUGAUCUUAAAUUACAAGUUCAUGGCGAGCGAUAAAACGCCCAGACCGAUGACUUACUUGCCCGGCUAUUUCGUUCAAGUUCCGGUUGACACGUAUCUAAAAGUUGAAAAAAGAUGAUGAAUGAUCUGAAGCAGGACUAUUUUUCCAUCAACAGGUAUGAAUGGUUACAGAUUAGAAAAUAAUCAAUUUUUUCUACGAAAUUAUGCAUUCACGUGUGAUAUGUGAAAUUCAAUUACAUGAACGCAUUCGAUUCAAAUUUUUAUGUCUAAGGAGGUAUAAUCUUGAUAUCAAGUUUAGCAGCCGUAAUGAUUUUACAUUAAAAAGCUAUGUUUACACAAA